AUGGCGCCCAGCUCGAAAUCGGAGCGGAACAGCGGGGCCGGGAGCGGCGGCGGCGGCCCGGGGGGCGCCGGGGGAAAGCGGGCGGCGGGGCGGCGGCGGGAGCACGUCCUCAAGCAGCUGGAGCGGGUCAAGAUCAGUGGGCAGCUCUCCCCUCGCCUCUUCCGGAAGCUGCCGCCCAGGGUCUGCGUCUCCCUCAAGAACAUUGUGGACGAGGACUUUCUCUACGCAGGACACAUCUUCCUGGGCUUUUCCAAGUGCGGCCGUUACGUCCUCUCCUACACCAGCAGCAGCGGGGACGAUGACUUCUCCUUCUACAUCUACCAUCUGUACUGGUGGGAGUUCAACGUCCACAGCAAGCUCAAGCUGGUCCGGCAGGUGCGGCUCUUCCAGGACGAGGAGAUCUACAGUGACCUGUACCUGACCGUGUGCGAGUGGCCCAGUGAUGCCUCCAAGGUCAUCGUCUUCGGCUUCAACACCCGCUCAGCCAACGGGAUGCUCAUGAACAUGAUGAUGAUGAGCGAUGAGAACCACCGGGACAUCUACAUCAGCACGGUGGCCGUGCCAUCACCAGGUCGCUGUGCUGCCUGCCGAGAAGCCAGCCGGGCCCAUCCAGGUGACCCGAGCGCACAGUGCCUGCGACACGGCUUCAUGCUGCACACCAAGUACCAGGUGGUCUACCCCUUCCCCACCUUCCAGCCCGCCUUCCAGCUCAAGAAGGACCAGGUAGUGCUGCUCAACACCAGCUACUCCCUGGUGGCCUGCGCUGUCUCCGUGCACUCGGCAGGGGAGAGUAACUUCUGCCAAAUCCUGUAUGACCACACCACCUCCCCUCCGGCCCCUCCCAGCCCCCCUGGGCCUCAGAGCCCUGAGCUGUCCCCCACCCUCCCCAGCCCCUGCCCUGAAGCAGCCCCCACCCGAGCCCCUGGGGCCCUUGAGCCCUCCCCCGCCAUCGCCAAAGCCAAGGAGUUUGUGGCCGACAUCUUCCGCAGGGCCAGAGAGGCCAAGGGUGGGACCUCAGAGGAAGCCCGGCCACCCCCCUGCCCGGGGCCCUCGGGCAGCCGCUGCCGCCUGCCCUCAGAGCCCCUGGCCCCAGGUGGGGAGGUGGUACCACGAGACAGCCCCCCUGCAGUGGAGGCACCAGCCCCGGAGCCUGGCUACGUCAACUACACCAAGCUGUAUUACGUGCUGGGGUCCAGCGAGGGGACAGAACCGGAGGACGAGUUCGAGGAUGACAAGAUUUCCUUGCCCUUUGUGGUGACGGAUCUCCGUGGCCGUAAUCUGCGACCCAUGCGGGAACGGGCUGCCGUCCAGGGUCAGUACUUGACGGUGGAGCAGCUCACGCUGGACUUUGAAUACGUCAUCAAUGAGGUCAUCCGCCAUGAUGCCACCUGGGCCCACCAGUUUUGCUCCUUCAGUGACUAUGACAUUGUCAUCCUGGAGGUAUGCCCAGAAACCAACCAAGUCCUCAUCAACAUUGGCCUGCUGCUCCUGGCGUUCCCGUCCCCAACUGAGGAGGGCCAGCUCCGACCAAAGACCUAUCACACCAGCCUCAAGGUGGCAUGGGACCUCAACACCGGCAUCUUCGUGACCGUCAGCGUAGGGGACCUCACCGAGGUCAAGGGGCAGACCAGCGGCAGCGUCUGGAGCUCCUACCGCAAGAGCUGCGUGGACAUGGUCAUGAAGUGGCUGGUCCCCGAGAGCAGCGGCCGCUACGUCAAUAGGAUGACCAACGAGGCACUGCACAAAGGGUGCUCGCUCAAGGUUCUGGCCGACAGUGAGAGGUACACGUGGAUCGUGCUGUGAGGGCCCAGCUGCCCUGGACACUGACUCCAACUACCUCCGCCUUCCGGCAGCCUCGCCCCGGCUGGCCGGCUGGCCGGUGACCGCCCGGCACUGGUGUUAGGCUGCGGGGAAGGGGGCUGGAGGGGGCAGCCCCUGGUGGCCCGAGAGUCUGGACGCUUCUUUAUUUAUGCCUAUUUAAGUGGGGAAGGGGCAGAGGGAGGGAGCCCCCUGCCCCCCAGCCUCAAGCGCCCACCUUCACCCCGCGCUGGGCACAGGCCCUUGCUCUCUGCGGGUCUGCCCCUUCCCUUGGCUACAGGUGUGGACAUUGCCCCCCCAGGGAGACCGAAUGGACCCCCUUCCCCUGGCCCUGCCCGUCCCAGCCUCCCCCACCUGAGGUGGCAGACCUCGUGGCCAUCCCCUCCCCCUGCCCGUCCUUCCUCCUCACGUAAUAAAUGUUUUAUUUCUGAGCCUCA